CUAUCAGAGGAAGGACGUAGGUGGUGCGAGCCGCGCCGAAUCCAUCGGAUUUAGUUAAUGUCCAGCGCUCCGUGAACUCGGAUGUCGCAUACGGUUGCUGCGAGCCAUGACAGAGAGACUUGUGCACGGCCGACAUCCCUCUGCUCCUUGAACCGUCGUCGAACCAGCGUUAACACAGUCUCCUGUAACUCUCCCUCGACUGAUCGAUAGGCUAGAAAGAGAACGAGAACGAGAACGAGACCGGGAAACAAAGAUAGACGGAAAAGUUAAACGUCACAGAUCUAGCGAGAAUUCCUUGAGCAAAGCUUUCCCACGCAAACGGCGCACGUCCGCUCGACAAAAAAGGAGUACGACGAGCAACUAGAUCGAUAAUCCUCGAGCUUGAUCGAUCGAUCCUCGAUCGCUCGGCGGAGCUUUAUCGCGGCAGGCCACCGACACCGGUUUCGAUAGUUCCGCGCGUGUUUCGUCGACGGAGAGUCUGUUUUGAUCGUGUGGCCGGCUUGGAUCGAGCCACUGCGAUCCACGUGGACGCGUUCUGCGUCGUCAUCGGCCGCGAACCGCGAGGGUCCGGCGGGAUCUAGAGUUAUCCUCGUUUGUUCUUUUUUUCGGUGUGUCGGCUCAGUGCUUGUCAUUUAUGAGAUACGGUGAACAGCGCGCGGAGAGGGUCGAGAGACGGGGAUCUCUCGUUUGGAGAUCGAGGGAUCGGAGUCGCUGGCUCUUCAGAACCAGGCGGUGAACUCGGCCGGGAAAUCGGACGGUUGAUCGAAGUUGAAUGAGACCGCGUUAAAGGAGAAGCGUCGGAGAGCGUCUCUUGUAAUUGAUCCGAGGCAAUCGCGACGUCGGUCGCUGCCUUUUCCUCCUCGAAUUAUGGAGCAAGGACAGGAGGUGAAAAUGACAAAAAGUUCCGCGGAUUACGUUAAGGCCAUGGAGAGCGGCGUGCAGCUGACCCAGGUAGCCGAGACGAAGGUGUUCAAAAGGCGAUGGCUGAACCUGAUCAUCUUCGUGGUGUACAGCGCCAGCAACGCGAUGCAAUGGAUCCAGUACAGCAUCAUCGCAAACAUCAUCAUGAAUUAUUACAAAGUGACCAGCCUUUCGGUGGACAUGACCAGCAUGAUAUUCAUGAUAACCUAUAUUCCGUUCAUAUUCCCGGCGAGCUAUCUGCUUGAUAAAUUCGGGUUGAGGUUCGCCGCCCUGUUCGGAGCGAUCAUGAACUGCGUGGGAGCAUGGAUCAAAGUGUUCAGCGUCAACCAGGACCUGUUCUGGCUAACUUUUAUCGGGCAAACAGUGGUCGCCGUGAGCCAAACCUUUGUACUGUCGGUUCCAGCGCGUUUGGCCGCCGUUUGGUUCGGCCCGGAUCAGGUCAGCAGCGCGUGCAGCAUCGGCGUUUUUGGAAAUCAGUUGGGCAUCGCUAUUGGUUUCCUCUUCCCUCCUAUGCUGGUUCCAAGCAGCGAUGAUGUCUCUGUCGUGGGUCGAGGAUUGCAACUCAUGUUCUACAUCGUGGCUGCCUUUACCACAGUGAUUCUAAUCCUCAUAGUUUUCUUUUUCAAAGCGGAGCCACCGCUACCGCCAAGUCCUGCGCAAGCAGUACAGAGGGAUUCGGACGACACGGAGAAUUUCUUCCAUUCCGUGAAGAAGCUAGUCACGAACGUCGGCUACUUGUUGCUUCUGCUGAGUUAUGGUAUCAAUGUCGGCAUUUUCUACGCCAUCAGCACGCUUCUGAAUCAAAUCGUUCUCAUGUAUUUCCCGCACCACGAGAAGGACGCUGGAAGAAUAGGUUUAACUAUCGUUUGCGCCGGAAUGUUGGGAUCCGUUGUGUGCGGGAUUGUUCUCGAUAAAACGCACAGAUUCAAAGAAACAACGCUUGGAGUGUACCUGCUCUCGUUCCUCGGCAUGAUCAUCUUCACGUUCACCCUCAAUAGCAGUGAAAUAUACGUCAUUUACAUAACAGCAGGAAUAUUGGGAUUCUUCAUGACCGGUUACCUGCCGGUCGGCUUCGAGUUCGCCGCUGAAUUAACAUACCCAGAACCGGAAGGGACGUCCGCUGGUUUGCUGAACGCGGUCUGCCAAGUGUUUGGCAUUGUCUUCACGAUCGUCUACGGUUACUUCCUUAAUUUAUGGGGCGACUUCUGGGCGAACAUUGCUCUCUGCGUCACGCUGGCCGUCGGAUCGUUCCUGACAACCAUCAUACCAAACGAUCUUCGAAGGCAGAAUGCUAAAUUCUAAAGAAAUGAUUUUUAUUUGCGAAGAAUCGAAAGGUCGAAAGAGAUUCGAAACACAAGCGUGUUUUAUCGAUCAACUUCUCGAUUCGUUGGUGCAGAUAUUUCCUGUACCGAACCCGGAGUGAGGUAAUACGUAUCGUUAACAAUAUUAUAGAAUUUUAAAUGUUGAAUUAAAUGAAAUAUUCGCGAGAAUGUGUCGCGUAAGACCCUUUCGAACAUUGUUAUAUCUGUCGUUAAUAUUAUUCCGGUUUGCCGUAUAUCGUACGUGUUUUACUUGGGAGCAUCGUGCAAUACUAAACGGAGUAACCGGGAAACAAGUUCCGCGGAUAUAUAGAUUAAGAAGAGUACUACGAAUAAAUGGAUAAUUAAGAUUGCGUUAACGCUUUCAUGAAAAAGUGUUUAGUAGCAUAUACCUCGCUGUUGAUGCAUCUUCUUUGCACGGAGGCGUUAAUGCAAUUCUCACUGGCUCAAGAAUAGCGGCAGCUUAUCUGUCCGGUCGUUUCUCAAAAAUGUUGUCUCUUCCUUUAUUUUAUAUAAUCGGCGUACAUUUUAAAGAUAGAAUCUAAGGAUAACCAAGAGAUGCAAUACUGUUUUCGUCGUGAAUAAGCAAACAAAUUCAGAAUAAUAAUAACGACAAUUGUAUGAAGCAAUGCGAACGUGGGUCGUCGUUCAAGAUCUGAAAUUCUAUGGAAAUAUUUCGCUGGCCGUCGAUAACGUAUCAUUUCGAGUAUGUACAAGUAAGUAUAAGAGGGACUCGGAACGUGCUCAGGUUGUCUUUCGUAGAGGCAAGAAAGGAACAGAAACGGUGAUAUUCAUGAUAAUAAUAUUCUUAGCCUUAAGUACUAGAGCGAAGAGUUUCGAGAUGCUGUGAAUCGACUUAUAAGAAUGCGAAGUAGGAAUAGAGAGAUCUUCGCGUCGAGUCAUCGGUGUACCGACGACAAUAAUGCUUUUUCUAUAAGCUCGAUGCACCGAAGACAUCGAGACGAUCGAAGGCUAGAGAGGCCUAUAUCUGUUCGACAAUAAUCGUUCUUCCCGAUUCCCGUUCAUACGCGACGAUUCCAUUGUAACGUUUAAUUUAAUCGAACGAGUAGGAGUUAAGAUUGCGCUUUGAACGAGUAGUAAUUUUGUAGACGCGUCGCUGAUAUCGACACUCGCGAAACUAAAAAAUGUUGAGAUAGUCUAUUUUUUAGUAAACGAAACUCCGUGAGAUCCGUUGAAUCGGAUGAAAAACCCCCAAAAUGCCGCGGACAAUAUUUAAAUAUGGUAACCAGGAACUUGUUUGGGAUCCCAGACGUCGUAGCUACAUCACGCGCCGAACAAUAUCGAUUGGUGCAGCUCGUGUGAACUCCUAUAAAACGAGAAAGGACGAUGGAGAGACUGUUAUUAAGUUCGACGAGAGAAUUGAACGAUUAGACGCUAUCUCGAUGAAGCGCAAAAUUGAAUCUGAAAAGGGAUUUCAAAUAUGAACUUUUAACGGACCACGUUUUCCCCCGAACAAUUUUCAAUAAUUCGAUGACCCAGAAACGGCUGAAUCAUGCGGGCCACGUCGUUCGUAGCGCCGCAGGAAUUUCAUUUGCGAUCUAAUCCGUUCCGGUCACGAUUAAUAAAAUUGAUCGCCCGGGAACGGAGCCGCGAGCAUUCAAUUAUCGCGACACGGCUGCGCGAAGACCAAUUUAGAAGGGAGAUUACUUGAAUUUUUUGAUAAUCCGCAGACUUCGCUUUUAGGUGGCCGGCAAACAACGUCGUUCGACUGGCCACCACCAAUCGAAUUCGAGGCGCAUCCCGAAUCAUCUCUCCCGACAACGAAUAACACUGACAAUACCUAUAAUAUAUUUCGCGUGAACUAUUACCAACGAAUUAAUAUAUUCUUCUAGUCGUUAACUAUUGCAAAGUCUACAGUUGUGUUAAAGAGUAUCUUGCGCUAGAUCGGGCUUGGGCAUCAUUCGGAUAAUGAAGUUAGCUCGUACAAGGAAUUAUUUGAGUUUCAUAGAAAAUGACAACUUCGACGAAAUAAUUUCUAUCUUCGAAUCUGUCAGUUUUCACCAUGGUUGAAAUAAGAACUGCCCGAGCCUGCAUUUGAUAAAUUCCGGUGUUUGACAGAGCUUGUUGAAACCUCCAGGAGGAGUCUAGGAGAUGUUAGUCGAUUGACUGUUCCGUGGUGAAACGAAUGCUCCUACAAUCGAUAAAGUUGAACAGAGUUGCAGAGUUUAUGUGUUAAUGGUAGCGUGUAUAGAUACAUGUAUAUAUAUUUUCAGAGAAUCGAAUGUUAUACGAUAUAUGAUAUAUUAAUGCGUACAUAUAAUAUAUAUUUCUAUAAAAGUAUAUUCCUUGAGAUUGAUAGCCGGACAAUAGAAAGAGAAGUACAAUUGAAAGAGUGUUACGGAGGUGAUAGUUGUCACAUUUUGAUGUAAUACGAGAAAAUAUUGUGACGUCUCUAUGUUGUGGAAUUGCAUUGUAAAAUAAUUUGCGAGAACUUCCGACAAAAUUUCUUAACAUAAAAGCACGCUUUGGGAUUCGAAGGCCAACAUCUUGACGUCGGCUUCAGCGGAGUGGAAUUUUAAAUCGAAGGUAUAAACUUCCUAGUAAACGGAUUCCCGGGAACGAAAAAUCGCAGAUUAUUUUACAGUCUCACUUAUGUAACUUUGCUGUAUCAGCAACACAUUGUGCAAACGUAUUCGCAUAGUUCUAAGAAUCCCGUGAAACAACGCAUAAUUUAUAGCACGAAGAUUCAUCGUAAUUCAACCGCCAAUUUAUUCUUGAACUUGAAUAAAUUUGUUUUCCGUUUUUAUUUUGGUAAGAUAGAUGCAAUGAUUUCUUUCCGACAGUUUAUACAAAAAGACGACGAGAAAAAAACGGGCAUUUUUAUCCAACGAUUUUAUCAACAAGGUGUGUCCACCAGUCUUCCGCAUUUCUUAAUUCUACAUUUUUGAACGAUAUUUUUCACCGAUUCGAUGUUCCCCGUUUUGUAAGUAAAUUGUGAAAAAAACGCGACGUAUUUUUCGUUCUCUUGUGAAUUGUCGACAUAGACCUGUCGCGUACAGAGAAUAAAAGUAUCUGUGAUUUCUGACAAUAUUUCCGCGUUUAAAUUAUCGUCUAAGUGUGUGUAUGUCAAUAAGAAGCUUCGAGGAUUUGAAAAACGUAUUGUGUGUAUGUUGUCUAUAUCGUUGUAAUUUUGUAGCGUGUAGCUUGGAAACAAAUUAAGGUAUAAAAAUGUUGACAAUAUUUCUGCGAUUGAAUUAUCUGCGUUUAAGUGUGUACGACAAUAAAUUUUGAGGAUUUAACGAACGUAUCGUUGUCUAUAUCGUUAUAUUGUUAGCAUGUACAUUGAGAAGAAAUAAAGAUGUUGAGAAAUGUUUAAGAAA